AUGAUGUCUUUGGAUGUUCCUCACGUCUCCAGAAGCGAGUUUAUUCUGCACGAUGUAGUUAUACGUGAUGUCUACGAGUGCUGCGAUUCUUUGUUUGAUAUUUAUGAACAGCGCUAUGCUCCUGAAGUCUACAACAAUUUUUAUUAUGAAGAUAUGCCCCUAUCGGUCUUUCGAGCGGCGCUCAAAAAGCAGUUCACUAUCAACUCACAUCUGAGCGACCUCCGUAUAAUUGAUCGAAAAAUUGCCGAAUGCCGUCAGGUGAUGUUGGCUUGUCAGAAGGCGUGGUAUAACGAGUAUCAUUUGCGCAAUGUUCUAUUUCGUGAAAACGUUGAGGCGAAACCGAAGGACUUCUUGUCGACUUUCCUUCAUAGCAAGACUUACAGCUCAGGGUUGAGGAUAAAAAAAUACGAUCUUAUUGCAGCUUUUCAGAUGCUUGCUGAGCUCCCGAGAAGCAUUGUUACGUUUCAAAAAGGCCGCUGCUGGAUGCAUCGAUGCCUUCAUCUUCAGUCAAGGAACACGCGGCCUCGGCAAGGUUCCGUUGAUGAAUGCGAUAUAAAGCAUUUCGCGAAGCUGUCUCCUGACUGGGCGAAGGAGGUCGGCUCGUUCAAAGCUUUAUAUUCAAUGAAUCGAUUGCGAGUGCCUUUGAUCGUCGACAUGAUUGGUCGUAAGGAUGAGUUCACGCAGGAGCCUCUCUCUGGUUUGCGCAUUGUUGAUGUCGGCUGUGGUGGUGGAAUACUUACGUUUCCUUUAGCGCGGUUAGGAGCAAACGUAACGGCACUUGAUCCGUCCGAUGUUGUGGUCUGCUCAGCAAAAGAGACCGCAGAUCGUAUUGGAACGGGAAAUCCAGGACUGAGGGACGCAGCGUUUCAGUGCAUUUCCGUAGAAGAUUUCGCCGUGAAGAAUUCUGGAAGUAAGGUGCAGAAAUUGACAUUUUAUCAACUUCUGAUUUGUCGAGUCACUGAAGUCGACAUCUACAGCUGA